ACCUGGUGGACACCCCAAACAAACGGCCAGCAACAACAGCAAGAGGAUAACACGCGCGACGCGAGGCCAAGCAACCUUGUGGUGGUGGUACAACACCGUGGAGAAGGAACAGCCUCAGCAAUGGCGUUGAUCUCUGUUCACUGCUACCCUCUACUGCGACCUUCUUCGGUCUCCGCAAGGAAACCGGUGCUCAGCCGAGUAAUCAGAAGAGGAACGAGGAGGCCGCUGCGGAGAUGCCUCUGCUCCCAGUACGCCGACGAACGGCAGCCGCCGGACUCGCCGCAGCAGCUGGAGCGUCUCUUCUCGAACCUCAACCAGGCGACCAUGGAGCACGAGCCUGGGAGCCUCACCAGUUCCAUCUUCCUAGUGGCUGGCACAACGGUUGGGGCAGGUAUCCUUGCAAUCCCUGCAGUCACACAAGAAGCUGGGUUCUUGGCCUCUGCAGUUACAUGCAUUUCCUGCUGGUUAUACAUGGUUGUGACAGGGUUGCUAGUUGCUGAAGUAAACGUCAAUACAAUGUGUGAGCUAGGAUCUGGAGGUGUCUCCCUGGUCUCAAUGGCUAUGCGCACUCUAGGGACAUUUGGAGUAAGAACAGCCUGCUUAUGCUAUUUAUUUAUACAUUAUGCGCUUCUUGUCGCAUACGUGGCACGCUCUUCAGAUAUCAUAACAGACUCAUUGGGUAUUCCAUUAUGGGAGAGUGCUGCCCUGUUUUCACUGGCUUUUGGAGGGAUUUGUUAUUUUGGAAGCCAGCGACUGAUCGGUGCAGUAAAUGGAUUUCUGGUAGUUGGCAUCCUAACCUCCUUCACUUCUCUUGUUGUGGUUGCAAGUGGAAACCUACAGUGGAGUUCUCUUCUUGAAGCGAAUUUUGCUGCUGCUCCACAAAGUAUACCAAUAAUUGCUCUUUCAUUUGUAUACCAGAAUGUAGUUCCUGUUCUCUGUACAAAUUUGGAGGGAGACCUGUCAAAAGUACGAACAGCUAUCAUAGCGGGUACUGCCAUACCCCUGGCUCUGUUCCUAGUAUGGGAUGGUGUAAUCCUGGGAACACUUCCUGGCAUUGCAGGGAGCAGCACUGUUUCUGAUCCAUUAGAACUACUUAGAUCGAGUAAUGGGAUAGUGGGGCCUAUUGUUGAGGCGUUCUCUUUUCUUGCGAUAGGCACAUCAUACAUCGGAUUUGUUCUAGGACUCUCAGACUUCCUAGCAGACUUGCUUAAACUACCAAGUGGCCAGAACAAACCGCUGCCAUAUUUAUUAACUCUGUUCCCUCCGCUUCUUCUGUCCCUGCUUGAUCCAGAGAUAUUUUUCAAAGCAUUGGACUUUGCAGGAACUUAUGGAGUUCUAGUACUCUUUGGAGUUUUUCCUGCAGCUAUGUCUUGGUCAGAGAGAUAUUCAGAUGAGUUGGAAGCCCCAGUACCCCCUAUCGUCCCCGGAGGGAAACUUACUCUCUCGGUUGUUAUGGGAGGUGCAUUGCUUGUUAUUGUUUCAGAGGUAAUCAAGGAUGUAAUUCACUGACAAUCAGUUCAAGUGAAAGGAUAUAUAACAGUUCCAAUACAAUGGCCCUUCAGAUUUUUUGUACAGUAUUGCCAGCAGGUAGCAUCGAUGUUGAGUGUAACCGUUCCAAACAAGAGCUGUAUAGUGUACCGUUGAGUCU